UGAAGAUUGCUUAUAUUCUUGUCGUUUACUUUCUUUUAUAAGCAAAUACGUCGUAUUUAGUCGUAAAAGAGUCAAUGAGUCAAUUUAUGGCGUUUGUGUUGUGCUGAACAUGUCAGCCCGUCUUUCUCCAGUAAUAAGCGCUGCUCUCUGGAGACUGAAGGGCACAGAGAUAUCAAGAGAUAAGCGAUGACACAGUCAAUAAACACCACAACAAUGGAGAAUGAUGGUGAAUUAAGGGAAGAUGAGGUAUCCAACGGCCUGUCUAAUCUGGGACCUUCAGCAACGGGACUCCAGCACACCUACCUGUACCUCUCUGUGCCAGGGCGAGACUUGAAAAAUGUCUCCAUUUUAUGCAAUUAUAUCCAUCUUCAAAAGCUGGAGCUUCCCUACAAUAAAAUAAAAGAUUUAUCCUGCGUGAGUCACAUGCCACACCUCAUCAUCCUGGAUGUGUCCCACAACCAACUCACAGAUUUCUUUGGGUUCCAGGCGCCAAAAAACCUCAAGGAAGUUAAUUUCUCAUAUAACCAAAUGUCAGUCAUGAAGGAUCUCUCGGAGUAUACUUCUUUGACCAAGCUGAUUCUUGACUAUAACUCAUUUAGUGCUAUCAGGGGGCUGGAAAAGUGUGAAAUGCUCUCUCACCUCAGCCUGGCCCAUAACAACAUCUCACGCAUUAGGGGUCUGGACCAUCUGCCCCUCAGAGAGCUUUGCCUGAAGGGGAAUGCGAUACAAAAGAUUGAAAAUCUCCAGACACUACGGAAACUGCAGGUUCUAGACUUGUCCUGUAACCGGAUUCAAAGCCUCUCAGGUCUCCAGAAACUCCUUCUCCUGGGAACCAUCAACCUUGAGAGCAAUCUGAUCAGUGAGAUAAAGGAGGCCUCAUAUUUGCAAGACCUGAAUUUGUUAAGAGAACUAAAUCUCAUUAAAAACCCAGUGCAGGACCAAGAUGGCUACAGACUGGCUGUGAUCUUCCUCCUACAGCAUCUCACUCUUCUGGACCAACAAACAGUAACAGCGGAGGGGAAGGUGUCUUCUUUGAACAAGUACGACCCUCCUCUUGAGGUGACAGCAGCCCGAGAUCACAUGACCAACUUGCUGUACCAGCUCAUGCAACCGCAGGUUAUAUUUGACAGUACUCUGCCCAGCCUGGACACUCCGUACCCGAUGCUGGUUCUUACCGGUCCACAAGCUUGUGGGAAAAGAGAACUUGCACAUAAGCUGUGUCAGGAAUUCAGUGACUAUUUUGCGUAUGGUGCCUGCCACACCACCAGAGGGCCCUAUUAUGGUGAAGAAGAUGGAUUAGACUAUCACUUUGAGACGGAGGAAGAGUUUCAAAAAAUGAUUCAAAUGGGUAAGUUUGUCCAGACAGUGCAGUAUGGAGGUCAUUGGUACGGUCUGUCUCGGGAGUCUAUUGAACGUGUGGCUCGCGAGGGUCUGGCCUGCUGCGUACACAUGGAAGUAGAGGGAGUGUAUAGCUUGAAGAAAUCGUACUUUGAACCGCGUUACGUCCUGCUUAUCCCAACCACUGUUGAUAAUUAUAUAUGCUGUUUGAAAGCGAGAGGAUUUUACAGUAAUGCUCAGAUGGAAACGGCUGUGUCUCGCAUUGAUUUGUACGCCAAGAUCAACAGAGAAAAGCCUGGCUUUUUUGAUAACGUCAUCUCUUGUGAUGAUCGUGCUGAGGCCUACAUGAUACUUAAGCAGCUGGUGCAGGAGUAUCUUGGUUUGGAGGAACAGGGAGGAGAUACCAGCUCCAUCACACCUAACAACACUUCCACUAACACAACAGGUGAGGUCCUGGCAGCCAAGGCAGAGGACGCUGACCUCAUGGAUUCCUACAGCAGAAACUACCAGAAAAAAAUCCAGGCAAACAUGAACACGUCCCAGACCCCGGCCGUAUCUGCUUCAUCAAACAGACGCGAGCAGCUGAUUCGGGAAGCUUUGAAUGGAAAGUGUCCUGGUGCUUACGCCGAGCUGUUUCAGAGGAGUGCACCAACAGCUCCAUCAUCAUUAGCCUCUCAUUCCCGGCCACACCAAGGUCCCUCCCCGAUUCAUCCAGCUGGCCUCUGUGGUCCUGAUGAGCAGCACAGCAGUUCGGAGGAAUCCCGUGCCAGUUCUGGCCUGUCCAUGAGGAGCUCGGCAGGUGUGCUGUCUGCAGAGAUCCCAGCCAGGGGAUCAGAAGUUGGGUCAGGGCUCAGCAUAGAGCCUCUGGAAAUGUCUAUGUUGGGACAGGACAGAGGUCGCAUAGACUCACAUCUAACUCCGGAUGCUCCACGCUCCGAACGCAUCUCUCCUACCCUCCCCUCCUCUCCCGGACGCCCCGGUGCCAACUCCAAACAGAUCCUGCCCCCCAUUCCAUCUGGACGCAAGAGCAACGAUUCUGGCCCAAAGCAGUGAAAGAGUAGAAAGGUUUGAGGAAGAGGGAAGAUGUUGUGUUCAUCCAGUUAUCUAUUAAGUUUUAAUUAACCCUUUAACUUUAGAGACAGUCAUUCAAUGACAAUGCAAGGGGACCGCUGUAUAAUACUUCAGCAUUAGAUCAACAGUAGGCAUUAGAAUCAACCUGAAGGUCUGUGUAAUGAUAUGGAGACGAGUUUUUGUGGUAGUGUUACUUAAAGAGCAUGUACUUAAAAUUCACACAAUGGGUCACAUAUUGUAUGUUUAUUUAAUGUAAUGUAAUUGGUUACGUAGCCAAGCAAUAUUCACGUGUCAUAUUUACUCAAAUCAAUAUUUCAUUUCACCUCUGAUAUUCGGUUAGUGACAGUGGUUAUGUGGUCGUUAUUUGAACAGACUGAUCUUUAGCAUUUUUCAUAUGCAUAAAGCAAACAAACUCCUCUGCUGACAAUCCGGACCAGCUAGAAAAUAACGGUCGUCUUUAAAUAAAUGUAUCCUACGCUUAAAUCUGACACAUGUGGACAGAAUAAAUAUUUAGAGACAUGCAUACAAGAUAUCUCUUGACACAAGUUGUGUUCGAUUUCCACUUUCAUUUGUCAUAAGUGUGAGGUAUUUCGUGUGCGCACACACCUGGCCGUCCAUCAGCAUCAGUCUUUCUUACCGGCAGAUGUUGCAGUGAUCUCAUCAUUCAAAGGCAGUUUCAGACACGAUAGCUCAUGGUGCUGCGAGAGCCCCCGGGCAUAAUCUACAUAAAGUCUUCUUUAAUCUCUUCUAAUGUUUCUUUAUAUAUCAUUCAUUUUUUAACAGCGUUCAGAGCGUAAGUGUGUUAGUUUUAACUCACCAUCUCAUGUGGUGUGAGAUUAUUGAUCGAUAAAUAAAAGAAUGAAUUGGUUGUGUUGACAUUGUUUAUCAAGACCUUUGGUGUGGAGUCACACAAUCAAUAAGAUAAAAAUAAUUUUCCUACUCUUUAAAACCUUUGCCUGCCUCCUUUCAUUUCUGCACAUAUUUCAAUAACAUGCACUUAUCUCGAAGAAGGACAAUUGUGUCCACACUGCAAUAUCUAGAGCAGGACUGGAAGAAUAAAUUGAGAAAGGCUAAAUCAAAGAAGAGCUGUUGUGUUUUUCUUUAUAGCUGCGGUUUGUAAGUGCACAUAGUAAUGUUUCUAAUAGUUUAGGCCUGCAGGGGUUACAGGUAAUAUCAGAAUCUGCUGUUGAUAUGCUACAUUGGUAGAAAGUUGCAUAAUAUAAUUUACAUAAAAUUACAAUUUAGAGGCAAAACCCUUUAAGUGCGCCUAACAUGUUUUCUUGAAAAUGAGGAUUUGUUUGUUAGGCUCUUAUGUUUAUGUUCAGUGAUUUCACUUUUUCAACUAAAGGCUAUUAAUAAUUGAAAUGCUUUAUUUCCACAAAUGUCACUUUGGUCAUUUAACCGUUUUUAUUUUUUUACAAAUUUGACUGUAUUUCACUGCAAAACCCUCUAAGUGCAUGCUAAAACAUCCAUGUCUUUGGAUCGACUUCUUUGGACAAGAUAUAGUAAACAUUUGCAAAAUAAAAAAAGAUGUAACUACA